UGUUUAUGUUUAUACAAUUUACAUAACACUCUGUAUGUCAGUUACUAUUUAAGAUUACAUCGUGUAUCGUUAUCCCACAGUUGUUAUUUCGACCGAGACCGCUGUAAACAGACCACCGUUUAAAAAUGGAAGCUGUAGUGUUUAACGGUGCCAACCUCACCUUGAAGUACGAGAGCAAAUACCCGCUCCCUAAAAUCAUUGAAGAUACUGAUGUCAUCGUGAAAGUACAUUACUCGGGCAUAUGCGGCACUGAUCUGCACAUUAUUCAGGGCGAGUUUCCCGCACGUAAGAACCGUCCGCUGCCCAUGGGGCACGAGUUCAGCGGCGUCAUCACCGAGGUCGGGAAGGCUUCCAACUUUAAAGUGGGCCAGAAGGUCGUCGUGGACCCUAACAGUGCGUGCAACAGGUGCGAUUUCUGCCACAGCGGCAACUACCAAUAUUGUCUUACUGCCGGCAUUAACAGCACUAUUGGAAUCUGGCGAGACGGCGGCUGGGCCGAGUACGUGCGUUGCCCGGACACGAACGUCUUCCCGCUGCCGGACGAAAUCACUACUGAACAAGGAGGUCUUUGCGAGCCUUAUUCGUGCGUCUCUCACGGAUUUGACCGAGCUUCCCCUCUGCAGAUUGGCGAGAAGAUAUUGGUGGUCGGAGCUGGCAUUAUUGGCAACUUGUGGGUGACGGCGCUCCAUCAUCAGGGCCACAGGGAGGUCACGGUCUCAGAGAUGAACAGGUCCAGGCUGGAGAUCGUUAAGAAACUGAACACUGGAUACAGGCUCAUCUCUCCUGACGUGCUCGCCAAAGAAAACAAACUGUAUGACGUCAUCAUUGAUUGCACGGGCGUCGGCAAGGUGAUGGAAAUCAACUUCAACUACCUGAACCACGGCGGUAAAUACGUGCUCUUCGGCUGCUGUCCCCCCUCACACCAAGCCUCGGUUAACCCGUACGAGAUCUACAACAAGGAAAUCACCGUAAUUGGCGUCAAGAUCAACCCGUACACAUUCCCGAAGACCAUCGGAUGGCUCAAAGCCAUGGGAGAAAGAUACUUGAAUUACGAAAACCUGGGCAUCAAGACCUACAAAUUGUCGGAGUACCAAAAGGCCCUGGAUGACUUAAAGACUGGGAACAUCUCCAAGGCUCUGUUUAAAAUGGUCAAGUAAAUUAUGAUGAUGAGUCGAAUGAAGCUUUAGGUUACCCCACACUAGCGUCUUUUGAACGUCGGCGUCUGAUCAGCGCUAUGGAAUAUGACGUCGCUGCGCAGUGGCGUCAGCCGUACAGUUGACUAGACCCUUACGUUUUUUUUACAAGAUGUUCAUUUAGUCACGUGCAAUAAUUUACGAGGUGAAUAUAAUUAUAGGUCAGGACAUUCAAAUUUUGUACAAAUAUUAAUGAGACUAAAGGCUAUAUUUAAAAAAAAAAUAUGACCCUCCUAACCAUUUAAAUUCUUGUAACAAAAAAAAAUUAAUCACCUGUAUAACAAGUUCGGCUCAUGGUACACACACCAUUUUUUUUCCAAAUAUGAACCAAUUUAUAUUCUACAUCAUAUGAAAGUUUUAUCGACCUAGCCCAGAAGGAACAUUGCGAAAUUAAAAUGAAUGUACUAUUUAAUAAACAGAGGGAUGAAACUUUUGUGCAGGGUAUUACCUCCUCAAAAGGCAUUGUUUGAUUAUAGUUUCGACCCAAAAACACUGGGGGCAAUUUUUCUGAGGUUAUCCUGCUAUGCCCUUAUUGCAGGUGACUAAUAAACACCUUGUAUUGUAUUAAUGUAUUGUGCUGUGUGGUAAUGUUCUAUAUAUUUAGCUCCUUGUACUACCUGUUGACUUUUAUGAGUUCCGCAUUUCCCGCUACCCAAAGAUUGUCUGAAAGAGAUCGCUUUUUAGCAAUAAGAACCCUGAUGUUAUUUAGUUAUAAUUUGUCUUUUAAAUUUCCAUUGUAAUUUUACAUGUAAAAUGUAUUGUCAUUGGAUACAGACUUGUGGAAGGGCCUAAAUAAGUCAAACUAUGAAAAACUAAAAUAGUACGUUCAUUUUUAGGGUUCCGUAGCCAAAUGGCAUAAAACGGAACCCUUAUAGUUUCGCCAUGUCCGUCUGUCUGUCUGUCUGUCUGUCCGAGGCUUUGCUCCGUGGUCGUUAGUGCUAGAAAGCUGAAAUUUGGCAUGGAUAUAUAAAUCAAUAAAGCCGACAAAGUCGUACAUUAAAAUCUAAAAAUUUAAUUUUUUUUAGGGUACCUCCCCUACACGUAAAGUGGGGGUGAAUUUUUUUUUCGCUUCAACCCUAGAGUGUGGGGUAUCGUUGGAAAGAUCUUUCAAAACUAAUGGGGGUUUUCAAGAAACAUUUUUUGAUAAAGUGAAUAUAUUCGGAGAUAAUUGCUCCGAAAGGAAAAAAAAAUGUGUCCCCCCCCUCUAACUUUUGAACCAUAGAUCCAAAAAAUAUGAAAAAAAUCGUGGAAGUAGAGCUUAAGAAAGACAUUAAAUGAAAACUAUAGCGGACAUGAUCAGUUUAGCUGUUUUUGAGUUAUCGCAAAAAGGUUUCCCUUCAUAGUAAAAAGACUUACUUUAAUUAGGUACUGAUUAUGCAAAUUUGCCUAUUUGUUUAACUCGGGUGAAAGGUACCGUUUAAUCGCUUAGUUUACAAUUUACUAUACUUUAAGCUCCAGUUUAGCUUAUUGCGACGGAAGAGUAACUACGGAACCCUACACUGAGCGUGGCCCGACAUGCUCUUGGCCGGUUAUUGUAGUUAGAUAAGAAAAAGUGUCAACCAUAACGAACUGUCAUGUCUGACAUGAGCAGCCAUCGUUGGAGUUUGAAGAAAACUCUGGAUUCAAUCCAGUUUAUUCCACCAAAAUACACUACACAAACUUACACACUAAAAGAUUUAGAAUAUUAUUAGACCUAAAUAUGAUUAAAUAGUAAAUUAUGAGUGACAAUGUUUUUUCUAUUAUUCGAAUUUUUAAACAGUCAAAUUGCUGUCAGUGCUUCACCUACUUACAUUUUAGUUUUACCUGGUAAGCAGAAUAAUUAUGAGUAUAACAGAACGCAAAAUAAUUAUGAGUAUAACAGAACGGUUACAGUGUACGGUUCAAUUUGUAAUGGUUUAUGGUUAAUAAAUUAACGUUAGGCCUAUGAAAGGUAGAGGCAAGGAACAAAAUCUCCUUAGGCAGAACUGUUGCAAAAGUGUCCAGCUGUCAGCUAUAACUAAUAGUUCCAAAUUUCUCCAGAGUAGCGCUAGAGUAGCUGAGAACCUAGGCGUUAUUGACGGAUUGUAGUGCGCUGUCUAUGGUUAGAUUUUUUCCUCAAGUAUUCUAGGUAUUGUAGCAUCACCUAUUUAUGGUUUUUUUCGGACUAUUUUGGUAUAUGGAGAUUAUGUUCCUUGCCUCUACCUUCCAUAGUUCGGCCAACACUGACGCACAUAACUAAUAUGACAGGAUUUUUCUGCUAUUUUUCUUUUUUCUAUGUAUUAAGUAUUUUGAUCGUUUUUUUUUUUUAAUUUAACAAUGGCUUAGUACACUGGAUUGAUUCGAUUUUGUAUAUUUAUUUUGUAACAUUAUCUAUUUUCUGUUAAUAAAAAUUAUUACUAGU